AUGCCGCCCAAGGCAAAUGGGAAAGCGCCAGUGAGCGGUGCAAAGGCAGAUGCCGCUGCGAGCAGCUUCGGCAAGGCUGUCGCGGGCUCCAUCAAUGACGCCAAGGCAGCUAAAGCAGCAGAUCAAGCCACGGCGAGCACGCAUGGCAAGCCUGACAAGGCCGCCUACGACAAGCGCCAAGAAGAGCUGACGACCAAGCUCAUGUCCGCCCAGAAGGCUGUCGCAAGCAUCAAAGCUAAAAUUAACGACUCUGACCCCAAGAAUGCGUCUGGACCGCAAUCAGAGCGACGCAAGGUACUCAAGGAGGAGCUCGACAAGCUGCGUGGUCAGCAAUCGACCUAUUCUGCCAGCAGGAAGAAAGCGCUUGAUCAGAUCAAGUCGUUGCAAGAUGGCAUUCAACGCAAGUCGAAAGAGCUGCAAGACUCCCGUGGCAAGUCCAAGUAUCGUUCGACGACAGAGGUGGACAAUCAGAUCAGCUCCCUCGAGAAGCAGGUCGAGGCAGGCACAAUGAAGCUCGUGGACGAGAAACGUGCUCUGGCAGAGAUCUCGAACCUCAAAAAGUCUCGCAAGGUCAUCGAAGGCUUUGGUGGCCAAGGAGACUCCAUUGAGGCGGACAAGAAAAAGAUUGACGAGAUCAGAGCCCAGAUGGAUAACCCAGAAUCGAAAGCUGCGUCGGAUCGCUACACGACUAUCAAGAGUGAACUAGACGCGAUACAGAAGGACGGAGAUGCUGCAUACAAGAGUCGCAGCGCGCUUUACGACGAACGAAAUGCGCUCCAAAAGAAGGCAGACGAAAUCUACAACCUGCGCAAAACAGAGCGCGCUGCCUUCCGUGAGGCUAAUGACAAGUACUACCAAAAGAUGACUGAGGAUCGCAACCGCCGACUUGAAAAGGAAAAGGCAGAAAGGCAAGCUUAUGACGAUGCCAAGCGCGAAGAGACGAAUGCUAGACUGCUCGAGGAGGCCAAGGCACCCGCAUAUGAACGCGAGAUUGAAGACUGCAAGACGCUCGUCGAGUAUCUGCAGAAAAUGACCGGCGAAAGCACGGCAGCCAUCGAAGAGCCCAAGCUCAACGUGGCCUCUACGUCUAGCAAGCUUCCCCAGCUCGAGACGCGCAAAGUAGACGAAGCCGUUCCCGAAGGCAGUGUGGUGGCAGCAAAGAAGACACAAGACGAUGACGAUUACUUUGGCGGUCUUUCGAAGAAGAAGAAGAGCAGCAAAAAAUCAAAUGCUCCUUCGAGCGGUAAGCUCAGUCUGCCCAUGUCGACCUAUGCCGCCCUUAUCUCAUUCGACGUCACGCCUCCUGUCUCGCACAGCGAUCUGCCAAAGGUCAUCGAGCAGCUUUCCACCAAAAAGACCUGGUAUGUCGAGCAUCAGGACGAGGAAACGAAAAAGCGCAUAGCCGCUAUCGAGAAGAAGAUUGCCGACGCCGAAGCAAAGACAAAGGCAGCCGCUGCUCCUGCAGGCAAGACGACAGCCGAAGUCGUCGCAGAGGGCGCAGAUGAUACGACCGAGGAAAUCACGGAGAGCAAAGCUGAGGACGCUACCGCUGCAACGGCGGCAGCAUAG